AUGUCAAAGUGCCUUGUCUGUCGUAAAGUGUUUCUUGCCAAGGAUAUUGAACACGUGCUCGACUUGGUUGGGACUGGUGAACAUUUGGAUUCCAGUGGGACAGAGAUCGACAAAGACAUUCUUCAUUCUGUUUCUGAGAAAUUAAGAAGACAAAAAUUUGAGGAAGUACUUAGACUCCAUGGGCCACGGAAAAAUGGCCCAACAGACAAAACGGAUGCCAAUUUAGGAAGUUCCUUCAACAGGCCCGGCCCAAAGAGACACAACAAUUAUUCUAAUACCAGGAAGCACAGACCCCAAAAUUCUGUCCAAAAUGACAUUCCGGCGCUCAUUUUCGCCGGAAUAGCUGAUGUGGCGCCCAGUCAGAUCGGAAUUUCCAUUCUCGGUGUGAUGUGGCACGUGAUGGAGCCUAUGUGGAUAAUCGAGUGGGCACACGAGGAAGUACUUAUCGAGUCAGAGGUUGCCAAGAUCGUGGUGUCGGCCGUCUUCACGUCAACCUUCAUUUGCUUAUUCCUACUGUACCUAAUGCUCAUAAUAUGGUGGGAUUGGAAGAAGGUGACGGUUUCUUGCUCUGGAAAUGGAGACGUGAAAAAAAUAGAGAAGAUGAUGAAUGAGUAUAUGCAGAAGGGAUUGAAGAAUAAUGGAGGUUACCUGGCCUCAUGUGUGCACGACCAGAGUUUUUCUUUCAAUACACACCAAAAUUGCAGGCUUGAACACGCACCAGAGUUUUGA